AAGAAAUAGAUUCAGGUCAUCGUUCAGUUUCUUGUAAUUGUGUUGACCCACAUGUUAAAGAAGCUGUACGAAAAAUGAUAGAAGCAUAUGAAAAAGAAUUAACUCAAAAUAAUCGCAAAAGAAAAGCAACUAAAGAUCAACAGGAUAUUAAUAACUAUUUUGAAAGUUUAACAUUAA